AUGUAAGUUUUAGAUACUAAGAAUAAAAUCAAAGAAUUAUCAGAUUUUUUAGCAUAGCAAUUUGUUGAAUAUGAAAAAUAAUAGGAAAAAAAGAAAUUCUAAAAAAUUAGAAAUGAAUUGGCUAAGAAAAAUUAUAAAAAUAGAUUUUCAAGUUUUACAAAUUCUUUACAUCGCCCUCAGUUCAUAAAUUAAAUCAAGGAAAACGAUUUAUUUGAAUAAUAAUCAAUUUUUAUCAAUAAAGAUGUUCCAUAAUUAACAAAUCUACAAAAAUCAUUAUUGAUAUCACCUGAUAGAAACUAAAAUAUCACACAGUAAUUAAAUUAUUUAUUUUAGUAAUACAUUAAUUAGAUAGACCAAGUAAUAAACAGAGAAGUGAGUUUCCUCCUGUUAGAAAAAGAUUCUUAAGCUAAAGAGAAAUUAGUCGUAUUGAAUUUUGGGAUAAGAAUUUCAGUUAAUUACAAGAAAAAGAAUAGAAAGAAGUAAAUAAUUACUGAUAAAACAAAUAGAAAAGCAAUAUGUUAUGUGGGAAAAUUAAGAAGCAAAUUACAGAAUGAAGAGAAGUAAAAUUAUUCAAACCUGCAGAUCAAUGUUUAAGAUACUUUGAUAAAAAUAUUUCUCUAAUAUCUGAAAACCCAAUAACUCAAAGACAAUUAAGUAAAAUCUUAAGUCUACCAAAAAUUAAAGAAAAAAAAGUCUGGAUCCCUAAUAAUAAUUAUUUUUGAGAAUUUGAAUUUAAUCAAUUAAUUUUUUAUGAUGAACUCCUUCGUCUUUCCUAAAUGA